AUGGCGGGCCGCGACGGGUCCGAGAAAAUGAACUCGCCCAGGGAGACCAUGCAGCUGAAGAAGGAGAUCUCGCUGCUCAACGGGGUCAGCCUGAUCGUGGGGAACAUGAUCGGCUCGGGCAUAUUCGUCUCCCCGAAAGGGGUGCUGAUGUACAGCAGCUCCUACGGGCUGUCACUGGUCAUCUGGGCCAUCGGCGGGGUGUUCUCGGUGGUGGGGGCCCUCUGCUACGCCGAGCUGGGCACCACCAUCACCAAGUCGGGGGCCUCCUACGCCUACAUCCUGGAGUCUUUCGGGGGUUUCAUCGCCUUCGUCCGCCUGUGGACGUCGCUGCUGAUCAUCGAGCCCACCAGCCAGGCCGUCAUCGCCAUCACGUUCGCCAACAACCUGGUGCAGCCGCUCUUCCCCACGUGCGAGCCGCCCUACGCGGCGGCCCGGCUCAUCGCCGCCGCCUGCAUAUGUUUGCUGACCUUCAUCAACUCCGCCUACGUGAAGUGGGGCACCCGCGUGCAGGACAUUUUCACCUACGCCAAGGUGGCGGCCCUCAUCGUGAUCAUCAUCACCGGCAUCGUCAAGCUCUGCCAGGGCUUCACCGACAACUUUGAGUCCUCCUUCAAGGGCUCGUCCACGGACCCCGGCGACGUGGCCCUGGCGCUGUACUCCGCCCUCUUCUCGUACUCCGGCUGGGACACCCUCAACUUUGUGACGGAGGAGAUCAAAAACCCUGAGAGGAACCUGCCCCUGGCCAUCGCCAUCUCCAUGCCCAUCGUCACCAUCAUCUACAUCCUGACCAACGUGGCCUACUACGCCGUCCUGGACGCCAGUUCUAUUUUGGCCAGCGACGCCGUGGCGGUGACCUUUGCAGAUCACACACUGGGCAUCAUGAGCUGGACCAUCCCCAUCGCGGUAGCUUUGUCCUGCUACGGGGGCCUCAAUGCCUCCAUCAUAGCAGCAUCCAGGUUGUUCUUUGUGGGCUCCCGCGAGGGUCACCUACCAGACGCACUGUCCAUGAUCCACAUCCAGAGAUUCACUCCAAUCCCAGCUCUGAUUUUCAAUUGCGUCAUGUCCCUGAUCUACCUGACAGUAGAGGACGUCUUCCAGCUCAUCAACUAUUACAGCUUCAGCUACUGGUUCUUCAUGGGGCUGUCGGUCGCCGGUCAGAUCUACCUCCGCUGGAAGCAGCCCGACAGGCCUCGGCCUCUCAAGCUCUCGUUGCUCUACCCCGUGGUGUUCUGCCUGUGCGCCGUCUUCCUGGUGGCGGUCCCCCUGUACAGCGACACCCUCAACUCUCUGAUCGGGAUCGCCAUCGCCCUGUCGGGCGUCCCCGUCUACUUCCUGGGCGUCCACCUGCCGGAGUCCAAAAGGCCGCCGGUCAUCACAAAGCUCCUGCGCUCGCUGACGUACUUCACCCAGUUCAGCUGCUUCUGCGUGCUGACAGAGACCGACAAAAGCCUGUAG